AUGGCAGGAUUCGGCCACAAGCACAACGUCCACAAAGCCUACAAACCCAUGGCGGCCCAGCCCCAGCUCGACGAUGACAUUGUUCACCCAGCCAUGGAGCAGGAAAUCAACCCGGGCCUGACGUCGGCAGGAGAGCCCAUUUCGCGCGUCGCACCUGACAUCAACCCCGCCAACGGGGGGUACGUCGAGGACGGCCAGCAGGCAGACACAUCCCCUGGUUCUGGGGACGCUGUCGGCGACAGACACGUGUCGUUGAGGGACAAGAUAGAGGGCAAGGCCGAGAUCUUCAUGGGCAAGGUCACGAAGAACGAGGCAAAGAUCGAAGAGGGUGAGGCCCGUCUCGAGGGCGAAAAGCUGGCUGGUUAG